GGCCUUCGCGGUGGCUGAUGCGAGCCAUGGGGAAGGCUGGGGGUGUCGCGGCGCGCAGGAAGGGUCUGGGGGCCCCGGCGGGAGGCCGCGCGAGACCCAACCCCAACCCGUUCGAAGUGAAGGUCAACCGGCAGAAGUUCCCGGUCCUGGGCAGGAAGGCGCGCCACGCCGUGGGGCUGCCCGGGGUGUCGCGCGCGCGGGCCGUCCAGAAGCGUACCCAGACGUUACUAAAGGAGUACAAAGAAAGGGAUAAGUCCAAUGUAUUCACAGAUAAGCGCUUUGGGGAAUACAGUAGCAACAUGAGCCCAGAGGAAAAGAUGAUGAAGAGGUUUGCCCUGGAACAACAGCGACAACAUGAAAAGAAAAGCAUCUACAACCUCAACGAAGAUGAAGAAUUAACUCAUUACGGCCAGUCUUUGGCAGAUGUUGAAAAACAUAAUGACAUUGUCGAUAGUGACAGUGAUGCUGAGGAGAGAGGAACGCUGUCUGCCGAGCUGACCGCCACCCAUUUUGGAGGUGGUGGUGCCCUCCUUCACAAGAAAACUGCUCAGCAGCAAGGCGAGGAGGGGGAGAAACCACGGUCACGCAAAGAACUGAUUGAAGAGCUCAUUGCAAAAUCAAAACAGGAGAAGAGGGAGAGGCAGGCACAGCGAGAAGAUGCCCUGGAGCUCACAGAGAAGCUGGAUCAGGACUGGAAAGAGAUCCAGACCCUCCUUGCACACAAAACACCCAAGUCUGACAACAAGGACAAAAAGGAGAAGCCCAAGCCUGACGCAUAUGACAUGAUGGUCCGUGAACUUGGCUUUGAAAUGAAGGCCCAGCCCUCUAACCGGAUGAAGACACAAGAGGAACUGGCAAAGGAGGAGCAGGAGCGGCUUGAGAAGCUGGAGGCUGCCAGGCUGCGGAGAAUGCUCGGAAAGGACGAGGAUGGCGGCACUAAAAAACCAAAACAUCAGUCAGCGGACGACUUAAAUGACGGCUUUGUCCUGGACAAGGACGACAGGCACUUGCUUUCUUACAAAGAUGGAAAGGUGAGCGCCGAGGAAGAGCAAAGCAGGGAAGCCGGUGAUGACAACAGUGACGAGGAACAGGAUGAAGGCCCGAGCGAGGACUCAGAGGAGAGCAGUGGCCCUGAUGGGCACUCGGACCUGGAAUCGGACGUGGAGAGCGAGGAGGACAGAGAGACCCAGCAGGCUCCAGGGAGAAGGCUGAAAAGCGACGGUCACAAAGCUCGAGAAGCUGAGCUGCCCUCUACCUUUGCAGCCCCUGAGUCCUACGAGGAACUUAAAUCCUUAUUAUCAGGGAAAUCGAUGGAAGAGCAGCUCUUGGUGGUGGAGAGAAUUAAGACCUGCAACCACCCCAGCCUCGCGGUGGGAAACAAAGCGAAAUUAGAAAAACUGUUCGACUUCCUCUUGGAAUACAUUGGAGAUUUGGCUACAGAUGACCCACCAGACCUCAAAGUAAUUGAUAAAUUGGUUGUGCAGUUAUAUAAUCUUUGCCAGAUGUUUCCUGAAUCUGCAAGCAGCUGCAUACAAUUUGUCCUCCGAGAUGCCAUGCACGAGAUGGAAGGAGCGAUUGAGGCCAGAGGCCGGGCGGCGUUUCCAGGCCUGGACGUGCUCAUUUAUUUGAAACUGGCUGGGGUGCUGUUUCCGACCUCUGACUUCUGGCACCCCGUCGUGACGCCUGCGCUCGUGUGCAUGAGCCAGCUGCUCACCAAGUGUCCCGUCCUGUCCCUCCAAGACGCGGUGAAGGGCCUGUUCGUGUGCUGCCUGUUCCUGGAUUACGUGUCCCUGUCUCAGAGGUUCAUACCCGAGCUUAUCAAUUUUCUCCUCGGGAUUCUCUACAUCGCAACUCCAAACAAGCAAAGCCAAGGUUACACUCUGGUGCACCCUUUCAGAGCGUCUGGGAAGAAUUCAGAGUUGCUUUUGGUUUCUGACGAAGAGGACAUAGCCACAUGGCAGAGGAGAGGCCUCUCCCUCCACUGGGCAAAUGGACUGAAGGCCCAGACUAAGACGGAGGCCAACCACAUGAGACUGUCCUGCCUGGCCGUGUGUCUGGCUCUGGUGAAGCGCUGCGUGCUCACGUACGGCCCCCUGCCAUCCUUCCACGACAUCGUGCGGCCCCUCCGGGCCCUGCUGAUGGAGCACCUGGCCGCCUGCAGUCACCCCCAGGAGCUCCAGGACCUGUGCCAGAGCGCGCUGGCCGCCAUGGGGAAGCAGGAACGGCGCUACCGGCCGCUGAUCUGUGAGAAGAGCAAGCCCGUGCCGCUGAAGCUGUUCGCCCCCCGACUGGUCAAAGUCCUGGAGUUUGGGCGGAAGCAGGGAAGCACCAAGGAGGAGCAGGAAAGAAAAAGACUGAUUCACAAACACAAGCGUGAAUUUAAAGGGGCCGUCAGGGAGAUCCGCAGGGACAACCAGUUCCUGGCUCGGAUGCAGCUGGCGGAGACCCUGGAGCGGGAUGCGGAAAGAAAGCGAAAAGUGAAACACCUUUUUAACAGUCUGGCCACACAGGAAGGGGAAUGGAAGGCUCUGAAGAGGAAAAAGUUCAAAAAGUAAAGUUUCGCACGUUAGGCAAGGAGAUCCUGUAGACUGAAUGUAAUAAAGGCUGCUGAACCGUCA